GCGUGCGAUCACUGCUCAAAUCGGAGAGCUGCAAAUGCAGUGCGGACACGUUUAUUUUUAAAAAGGAAUAUGUACCAUUUAUUACCCAUCAUGGAAGAAACCGGUUGAAAAUCGAGUACGUUUAUAGAAGCGCAGCACCUGUCCGGGGAGAUUGGCGGACCUCUGUACGGGGGCCUGGAAUAUAAGGAAUACGAACAAUAUUCUCUUAAAGUUUAUUAUAUGGACAAACUGGUCCUUUGAAUUUAUUUCCAGAUCUGUACAUAUCGUCGGCACGUUUCUCAGCGGUGUUUUCGCGGGGCUUUGGUGAAGUUCCCGUACCCCGCGGUAAUCCCACCAGUGAGAAUGAACAGAUCUCCGUGCGCAUCUCUCUCACUCUUCUUAUACUGUGUAGCGAGUGGGCUGCUGGAGGCGCUGAAGCUGCCAGCUCCGCUGCUGCUACCCCCCGGCGACACACUCCUGUACCAGGCUGGGGACUCCCUUCAUCUCACCUGCAGGGGGCAGUCUGGACUGAGCUGGAGCCUGCCCGAGCGAGACCUGGGCUCACAGGGGGUCUCGGUGUACGAGGAGGCCUGCGAGGGUAGCGAGUACAGCUACUGCAGCCGCCUUGCCAUCCAGGCACUGACGCACAGGGACACCGGCUGGUACUCCUGCAGCUACAGCCAGCAGAGCCUGGACGAGGGCAGCGCCACCUAUGUCUUCGUCAGAGACGAGCGGUGGCCCUUUGUGGAGCCGCACUCUCAGAGCCCGCUCACCCUGUUUGUGUACGACGACGCCGACAGCAUCGUGGUGCCUUGCAGGGUCACAGCUCCUGACUUCCAUGUUUCGCUCUCAGGGGUCCCGGCCAGCGUCAAUGACGCCGUGCAGUGGGACCCGAAGGUGGGCUUCCGGGUCCCUUUCAGCCGCCAGACCCAUUAUGACCUCCUGAAGUGUGCCGUGUCCCUCGCCGGUCAGCUCCACGAGUCCUACUACAUCACCCUGAAGCAGCCCUCCUUCCUGACGAACGUGCGGAUCCAGCCGGAGCGUGUGGCGUUACUGGUGGGAGACACCCUGGAGCUCGUCUGCUCCGCAGACACCACCUACAACGGCAAGAUUGUCUUCACGUGGGAAGUGCCAGAGUCCGCUGUGAACCAGACACAUGAGUUCAAGAAGAACCGGGGCGUGCCGAAUAAGGUGUUCUCCAUGAGCAACCAGCUGGUCGUGAAGGGCGUCACCCUGGCUGACAGUGGCCGGUACCACUGCAAAGCCCAGCUGCUCUCUGAGAAGCACAUCUCAGCGGAUGUGCUCGUUCACGAGAGGCCUUUCCUCAACGUGUCACAUAAGGGCAGCAGCGUGAUCACUGUCCUGGAGGGCCAAAGAGUGACCUUUGACCCCGUGAUCAGUGCAUGUCCCCUCCCCAGCACUGUCAUAUGGUUCAAGGACGGUGUGCCCCUCUGGGAAAACUCCACGUGCUGUACGCAGUCGCAUUUCAGCCUCCUCCUCAAGGAGGUCCGGCAGGUGGACGCAGGCGUCUACACCGUUGUUGUGGGCAAUGAGGACAAAGGCCUGUCCGGGAAUCUCAGCUACACUCUUGUGGUGAAUGUGAAGCCUGUGAUCAUAGAGGAGGAAUUGGAUACGUUGACCCAGCCCUACCUGCUAGGGAGGGAGUACGCGCUCACCUGCACUGCCUUCGGAAACCCCAUGGCUGACAUCGUUUGGGAAUGGCAGCCCUGUGACCCGAACCCCACCCUCACACACUGCGAGCAGGCCUUCGAACCCAGGCGGGUCCAGUUUGGGGAGACGGAGCUCAGUGAUGCGAAGAUGAACCGACUCCACAACAGGAUCAAGGGCAUCGAGAGGAAGAGCGAGUCAAUCAAUGGCAGAAACAGAACCGUCAGCACACUAGUGGUGGCGGCAGCUGAAGUGUCCGGGAGCUAUACCUGCUUGGCCUGGAACGAAGCCGGCAAUCGGACAUGGAGCACACCCUUCUACGUGGAUGGUCACGUGGAGAGCAUCAGAGUAGAGCCUCAGAAAGCCAUCGAGGGGGACAAUGUGACCUUGGCAUGCCGGGCCACGCGGUACCUUUACACGGACCUGCAUUGGUACGGCCCGCAGAACGGGACCGUCCCCGUUACAGGCACCACGCUGCAGGUUGAGCCGCACUCCAUCUUCCUGCCACUCGCUCUUGGAAGUGUGCCCAGGGGUAAUGUCCGGGACUAUGAGUGCCGAGCGCAUAACAGCUACACCCACCAGGUCAUCCUCAGGAAGUCUGAACUGCUGGUUGAGGCCAGGAGAGGCCCGUGGGUGCAGGUGAACCUGACCAGCCAGGCAGUGAACGCCAGCAGUACGCUGAACCUGGUCUGCCACGCCCACGGCGUCCCACCCCCCCACAUUGCCUGGCUCAAAGAUGGGACCCCCCUGCAGGAGGCGCCAGGAAUCGCCCUGACCCCCAGCGGUAUGCUGACCAUCGAGAGGGUGAAGAAGGAGGACGAGGGGAUGUACGAGUGCCUGGCCAGCAGCGUAGAGGGUGAGGCGAGGAGCUCCGCGUUCAUCACCGUGCUGGGUGAGGACGGGAAGCCCAACGCGGAGGUGAUCAUUCUGGUGUGCACCGGGGCGGCAGCCAGCUUCCUCUGGCUGAUCCUCACCCUCAUUAUCCGCAAGCUGAGGAAGCCCAGCUAUGCGGACAUGGAGCCAGGCUACCUGUCCAUUACCAUGCCCCUGGACGAGCAGUGCGAGCUGCUGCCCUACGAUGGCACCCGAUGGGAAUUCCCCCGAGACCGCCUGAGGCUUGGUAAAACACUGGGCCAUGGAGCUUUUGGAAAGGUAGUGGAAGCUUCUGCCUUCGGGAUCGACAAGCGCUCCACCUGCAGGACGGUCGCUGUCAAAAUGCUGAAAGGGGGGGCCUCAGCCAAUGAGAGCCGGGCCCUGAUGUCUGAACUGAAGAUACUGAUCCAUAUUGGACAUCACUUGAAUGUGGUCAACCUACUUGGGGCAUGCACCAAGCCUGGAGGGCCCUUAAUGGUAAUAGUGGAAUAUUGUAAAUAUGGGAAUCUGUCCAACCACUUAAGGAGCAAGAGGGGAGACUUCGUGAUUUAUAAGAGCCGAGAUGGCAAGACGGCAUCCCCGCGCCCAGGGGCCGACCUCAGCGAGCCCCCCAAGCGCCGGCUGGAGAGCGUGGCAAGCACAGGGAGCUCCGUCAGCUCCGGCUUCGUGGAGGACAAGAGCUGUGACUCAGAGGAAGAGGAAGAAGAGUCAGAGGACGUGAGCAGAAGGCCACUGACAAUGGAGGACCUCAUUUCCUACAGCUUUCAAGUGGCCAAAGGCAUGGAGUUCCUGGCAUCCCGAAAGUGUAUCCACAGAGAUCUGGCUGCCAGGAAUGUCCUGCUGUCGGAGAACAACGUUGUGAAAAUAUGCGACUUUGGACUCGCACGGGACGUCUACAAAGACCCGGACUACGUGCGCAAGGGCGAUGCCAGGCUGCCCCUGAAGUGGAUGGCACCGGAGGCGAUCUUCGACAAGAUGUACACGGUGCAGAGUGACGUCUGGUCCUUCGGCGUGCUCAUGUGGGAGAUCUUCUCUCUAGGAGCAUCCCCCUACCCCGGCCUGCACAUCGAUGAGGAGUUCUGUUGCACGCUGAAGGAGGGGGCACGGAUGCGUGCGCCGGAUCACGCCUCUCCACAAAUAUACCAGACCAUGCUGGACUGUUGGCACAGCGAACCUGGGCAAAGGCCCACCUUCACACAGCUGGUGGAACGGCUAGGGGACCUGCUUCAAGAUAACGUGCAGAAGGAGGGUAAGCACUAUAUCCCCAUGAACACAAGCCUGCUGAGCAGAGGGACAGAGCCCUGCAACGCCCCGGUGCAGGGGGAUUCCGGGGGUACCUGGAAUGAGGACGUCAUCCCUAGCAGUGUGAGGAGCAUCUAUCAGGUGACCAUGGAGGAGAAGCUGGACCAGAAUCAGGAGGGAAGCCAGUCAGGCAGUGGGGUGAUCCUGUCACCUGAGGACACCGCGAUGCUCCGGCCAGGCUGGGCCAGAUCCGUUCUCGGCCGACCGACAAGCAUCACAGCCCUGGGGUUUAAGGCAGCGAGCUGGAGCCGGGAAUCCAUCCUACAUGAGGGGCAGAGAGAACGAACCCAGCAGCCCGUACCUCCUCUGGUCCUCAGCCCGGACGAUGCCAGCCUGGAACUCGCCCUGGAGUGCCACAGUCCACCCCCUGAUUACGAUGACGUGGUCCGCUACUCUGCUCCCCCAGUAUAACUACACCCACCUUGAGGAAUCCAACAUACUGUCUUGGAGGCAACAACAGAAUAACCUUUCCUGCUCAACACUAUACUCAUUAUAUUGUGUGUGUGUGUGUGUGUGUGUGUGUGUGUGUGUGUGUGUGUGUGUGGUAAUGUGCUGCUGAUACAAAGCAAUGUAGCAAUACAGCAACAGGCCAAUAGCUAAGGCUACAACCUUGCAGCUAAUGAAAGAGAAGCACCGUUAUGCAGUACAUUAAUACAGCAACACUGCAGUAUGUAACCAACAUCUUAUGAAUCAGGACAGAAUAUUUGGAAAAAUGUGGCUUGGUUGGGUGAAGAAAUGCUGGCCAGCCAGUCCAGAGGUGAAGGAUCAGUACAAGAUGGAAUGUGUUCAGAAUGAGCUUACUGCUCUUUGGGGAAGUUCCUGUAGAAGCAGACAGCAGAGUUACAGUGCAGAAGUAGUGGAAUCAGGGAGCCGACUUUUGCCGUCACGCGCAAACAGCAGCCUGAGCCGCUGGCUGUUCGCAGGCGAUGGGCGAUUUAAGGGUAUAAGAGAGUCGUCACUUUAUUAAGCCGGAGUGGACUUUGCUGGGCUUCCUCCUCUUCAUGUAUCAUAGUUCUUUGAGUGGCAACAGAUUAAUUAGUCUGAGUUCUGGGGCGUUAGGGUCCCGGGGAAGACAUCAGGAAUCAGGCACACAGACACUGUGACGGUGCCUGUAGCUACAGGGAGAGUGAGUUACGCUUCCAUGGUAACAGAUGGUGUCCUGAUGGGAGAGAUUUAUGUGGGCUGACAGAAUUAGCAUCAGUCCCACAGGUUAUGUCAAGAUGCAGGCUGCUUCUGAGCCUGGGCAUUCUGAGCGAUAUUUACAAAAGCAGACCUAAGGUUCUCAACUCUGUGGUUAAUAUGUGUUCUUUGGUGUGAUAAUGUAAGUGUACAUACAGUAUAUGUAAUCCUGAGUACCCUGGGGGAAACGCGCAGGAACCCGGGGAGAACAUGCAAGACCCACAUGCACAGGACAGCAGUCAGAGCCUGGAAGCUGCACUGCCUACUGCUGCAGGUUGUAGUAGCUAGAAAUUAGUCAGCAUUGGAAACCGCUGACAUCCCUGUGUUUUUUUAAUAAGGGGCAUUUGAGCAGAAUCAGCCCAGACUGCAGAUGUCCCGUCUGGACGCUGAAACCUUCUGUAGUGUCUGUGCAUGGACGUGCUUUCUAAGUGGACCCUCGUCCCUGUGCUUAACGCUGGGGUCCCUCUGCCUCCUCUCUGAGGUCACUUCCUCUGUGCUGUCUCUUUAAAUCUUCACAUGCCGUUGCCUUACUUAUUCACUUUUCUGAGAAAUUGCAACAGUUAAACUCUCAGUCGCCAAGAAUAUAUGCUAAUACUCAUUUGAGAAAAUGAGCAAUAAACGUCAUAGCUGUUAGGUCUUCAUCGUAAAACUGUCUGACAGUCCAGUCUAUUUUUUAAUGUGUUUUUGCUGCUCUCUACUCUACGCAGUGGCAUGUUGAAACCAAAAAUCGUGUUUAUGUUUCUACAGAGGUUUUGUUGUGUUCCUAAUGUCUGAAUCACUGGAAUCUGCAGAGCAGUUGUGUGGAUAACUGACCUCAAGCUGGCUGCUGUAAGACACCUCUGUAAAGUGCGGCCACAUCCAGGCCAGCGGCUGCUGUGUGAUGGAGGGACUUUUACCCGGCCAAGGUGAUGAGUAAUAGCAGCCAGACCUACCAUGCUUCACCUCAGCUCUGCUCCUCAGUCCAGUCACAGCACCCCUCCCUGGCCUGGCACCCAUCGGCCUGUAGCCUGAGCUGAUCCAUGCCAGGUGUGCGGCAUCCGAACCGCCUAUCAUGAGUACUUUGACAGAUGUGCCCAGUGACCAGCACAAAACGAGGUGUCCACUGCUAUAACGAGCCAGUAAAAAUACAAGCAACCGUAAAGCUAUUAUCUGAGCAGCGAAAGUGUUUUUUUGUUUCAAUAUGGACUGGAAGCCUAGUAUGGAGAAUUAUGAGCCCUGAUAUUAUUGUCUUUCAUAUGUAGUUUAGUUUUGUAUUUCACACAUUAUUAACCAAAGUAAUGGAAACAUUAUUAUUAUUGAAUAAAAAUUUA